ACCCGUCAGUGUCACGGAAGUGAGAGGAAAGAGCUAGGGGAAGCGUUUCGGGAAGCGAUGGAGGCUACAGAAUGAAACCAGAGCAAAGCACACGCAAAAGGUAGUUGAACCGUGCGCGGGGGUAAACAGUUGAUGGAUCCGGUUUCGAUCCACCGUCGCAGGAGGCGUGCACGUAAAUAGAAAGCAAAUGGUUACUACAUUUAAUGGUUGUGGGCCACAAUUAAAGGGUGCAACUAAACGGAGAAGGGGUCAAACCAUAACCUACCCUUAAAGGGUCGAAAGGAGAAAAACUUGCAACUGUUAAAUGUGAUUUUCCGCCGUGAAGGAAACAGGUGCCCUUCAGUAUAGUGUUUAUCGUAGUGUUGUUAAAAGGAUUACCAAAACAAAGUUGAACACGCUGGUGCAAUUAUGCUGAAGUAGUUGAAAGAACGUGCCAUUUACGAGUACCUUUUGCAGCUGAUUGAACAUAAAAAAACCAACAGAAUUUUUAAAAAGCUGUACAAAUGGAUGGAUCACCGCCGAAAACAAACCGGAAGGUACGGUUUUCCCUGCCCGAACCAGCCGUCCCGGCCGUACCCUCGACGACGCCCGUCCAGAAGCAGCGCAUGGCCCACGGUACGAUGCAGUACGUGAACGGGACGCUCAUCAGCCAGUCGCAGCAAACCGCAGCUGCCACCGCCGCCCAGACGCGGGCCCACCAAUCGCUCCAAAUCACGCCCACACCGACGUCCGCCACCGCCAGCCUGCACGCCAGCUCGGCCGGCUUCAAGCCAAAGGAGCUGAACAACAAGAUCGUCCUCCAUCUGCGGCCCUCGGUAAGCUCGCUCGACAGUGGCAGUGAGCUGUCGUCGCCCAAGGGUUCGCCGGGCAGCUCGAACGAGGCGAAAACGGCACGCCAGAAAGCCUUCGCCCAGAAGGCCGGCAACAACAGCUCCGCGUCACUGUCCGGAGGCACCGGAGCGAGCAGGUCGCUGAAAUCCUUGCCAUCGAUCAAUCAAAAGUUCCCCAGCUCGGAGGACGUGAACAACAAUGCCGGUAGUCGGCAGCGAUCGGGCGACGAUCUUGGCGGGCUGUGGAACCACCCGACCAAGAAGCCCACCAUCAUACUGCGCACGAUCGCGAGCAGCGGAUCGCAGACGCACCCGGCGAAGGCUCCCCUAACGGCGAGGACGCGUGCGAAAUCGAUGGGCAAGCUGCCGGGCGGUGUGGCUGGACCGGCCGGGCGACAGUCAAAGUCACUCAUCUCGCCACACCUGGCACCGAUGGACGGUGCGUUGGCGAGGGGACAGGAUAGCACGACCCACGGCAAGUCGGGUGAGAUGAACGGCGGAGGUGGGGACGCAAAGGAUCGGCGGAUUGAGGAGAUCAACGUGUCUAGUAUUAUUCGACAGUCGGGACAGCCGGCUGGAAACGGGAACCAUCGUUCGAUGUACGGCAAGGGCGGACAGUUUUUGGCCGUGCCAGAGUACACCGAUCGGUACGAGGGCAUGGAGACGGCCGUUUCGGCCACGCUGAACGACGAGGAGGAGGACGAGUUUGAGGACAGUGAGCAGGACGGUAAUGGUGGUGUUGGUAGCGGGACGGGCACUGGUGACGAACGGAACGGGACGACGGCCGGCGAUCAGUCGGCGAAUGGGAACGAUUUGCUCAAGGGCGGCCUGGUGGACGAUGGCAAGUUUAGGUGUGCGCGAGAUACGAACCUGGGACGCGAUCGUAAUACGGCACAGUUUUGGGACUUUGUCGAGCGGUGGCGUACGAAUCGAGCGCUGAAGAAGCUGGAAAGUGCCAACCACGAGCCGAGCGCACCGGUCAGUACAACGGUGCUAAUGGGGCCGGACCGAGGCAAGUCGGAGACGAAAAGUCCAACACUCAGCUCGCGAAUACGCGCCCUCAGGAUGAGUCUCGAACAGGUGCCGACGGUGACGACGCUGCUGCGGGCAUCGCGCGACGCUAACGAGUAUCUGCUGAAGGAAGUGUUCCGAGACAUACUGGAGAAUGGUAUCUCAAAGGAGAAUCUCAACUCAACGGAUCGCAGCGGAAGGACGGCCAUCUCGUACAUCUGCUCGACGAACUUAACCAACUUUUUGGAGCUGUUCCUGCAACUGCCCGGCAUCGAUGUCAACAAACCGGACAACGAGGGCAACACGCCGCUGCACUUUGCUGCCCAGGCCGGCCUUUCGGACGUGGUCAACAUGCUGAUCACCAAGUGUCGCAGCCUGAUCAUCGAUCCAAAGAACAACCUCGGCUUCACGCCGCUGAUGAAGGCCGCCCUCCAGGGCAGGACGCGCUGUGCCAAGCUGCUGCUCUUUGCUGGGGCAUCGCCAGUCGAAACCGAUACCGGACGAGGAUUUAGGGCGGAACAGUGGGCACGCUUUUGCGGCAGGCACACCUGUGCCGAAACGAUAGAACAGUGCGCCCGGGCCCGACUGCUGGACAAAUCGACACCGUGCGGUCGGUGGUCGCACGACAUCAACCUACCGGUGGACAAGAAUGCGCUCAAGGCACGCAGCUGCAGCAUUACGCCACAGCCAACGCAAAAUGGCUUUCGCUCCAAGUUCCGCAAAGUAUUUCCGUUCAACUUUAACUCCUCCAAGGACACGAAGGCGGUGGUCAGCAAGGAGGGCGAAGAGAACUACACCAAGGAUCUGGUCAACUAUCUGAAGUCGGCCACACUGUGCGUGAGUGGUCCGGCACUAUCGGCCAAUCGGAAGAUCAUACAGAGCUUGAUCCGACCGUUGGAAGUACCAAAACUUGAGGUGACGUAUGCAAACAAUAAUGCACUCAUCAAAAAGUAUGAAGCAUCGCUGGAAUCCAACGGAUCGGCCGAAACGGUGCGGCGUGCUUCAGUGGAUGGCAGCACCACCGACAGCCGGAAUGGAACGCCAUCACACUCGCCGGUACCGGUCAGGGCGAAGGUACGGAACUAGACGAGCUCUCCAGACCUGUGUGUGUGUGUGUCUGCGUGUGAAACUGUACAGAAGAGAUUGAGAUAUUUAGUCUUCUAGAAUACAUGCAUAAUGCGCACGAUAUGGCGAUGAAAGCUCUCUCUUGAUGCGACAUCUCGUCCUCUCCUCAAGAGACCCACCAUCCAACGAGGAUGAUAGUUUGUAUCGAACCUCUAGGUAAAAGAUACAAUGAUUCGUAUGUGAAGUAAAUGUAACACCCACUAGCAUUUAAGUGAUCUGUCCACAGGUGCGAGGAUCAUUAGUGUAUGAAUGGAAAGUAAGAAAUUAUCUAAAAAUACAUAGCGGUAUGUUAUAUGUACGAUGUAAAAUAUAAGCUGUAUGGGGAGGAAAAUGCCCUUCAACAGUGAUAAUAAUUAGAUGCAUUAGAAUAAUCGAUCCGGAAAUAGAGCAGUGAAAUAAAGUUUAUUUUUAAAAACAA